AUGCCGAUAAGCAAAUUAGAAGAAAAGUUUGAGUUAGCAAAGAAAACCUUGAUUGAAUUUGAUAGGGAGGAUGUUAUAAAGGAGAAUACAACAGAAAGGGGCACGGCUGAAGAGAAAUCAAUAAAAAAGACUACAGAGUCAAGAGAAAUUGUAGUUUUUAGUGACGUAUCACUUGAAAGAUACCACAAGUUUCUUGAAGAACGGAAAAGGUUUAACGUUUAUGUUCGUUUAAUUAAGGGAAAAGUUAUCGCGUACGAAAUGCCUAGUCCGCCUCAUUCAAUUUUAACGGGAGAAUUUUGUUGUAUUAUAAAAAGUUGGAGCAAUCGACUUUUUAUUCUUAAUGAUAUGGAUAUUACUGUUGGUAAUAACAGUGAGUAUUGCGUUGAUAUCGCAGUUAUACCAAAGAGAGUUCCGCGACAUGAACCUGGACACGUACCGCUGCCAAGAAUGAUCGUAGAAAUAUUCUCUCGUCGAGAAGAUGGCACCGCUGCGAUGGUUGUGAUACUUUAUAUACGUAAUAACCUGAUCCCAAAUCCAGCACUAAACAGGCCAAACCCACGACCAAACACGCCAGCAAUGAUAAGUGUACGAAACACAAUACCAAAUCUCGUAAUUUCAUUUGGAACAGCCCCAUCCAUCCCUAACGAUAUUGCUUGUACAGCUGCCGGAAUGCCGGGUUAUCAAAUUUCUAUAGCUUCAAAUUUGCUCUUCCAUGGUUCUCCUGGAGGUGUACCCCAGGGAACGCCAAAUAAUUUUACCAUUGACCUUGGAGAAGCUGUUAAACUUCACAAUGCUAUGUUGAAGUUCGACUAUGAUACUACCGUAGAAACUAUUUCAACUCUUGCAGGAGUUCUCACAACAUUUUCAUUGGCGUGA